AAAACCCAUUCGGUCAAAACCCACUUCCACCUAAGCAGAGCACACGCACCGAGCUGAGGACGGUCCAUCCUCCUCCUCCUCCUCCUCCUCCUCCUCCUCCUCACAGCUGAAGAUGGCGGACCCGGCCGAGUGCACCAUCAAAGUCAUGUGCCGUUUUCGGCCUUUAAACGGUUCGGAGGUGAUGAGGGGAGACAAAUACAUCCCCAAAUUCCAAGGAGAAGAUAAUGUGGUCAUCGGGGGAAAGCCAUAUGUGUUUGAUCGGGUGUUUCAGUCCAACACUACUCAGGAGCAGGUUUACAACGCUUGUGCUCAAAAGAUCGUUAAAGAUGUGCUUGAGGGUUAUAAUGGUACAAUAUUUGCUUAUGGGCAAACCUCUUCUGGAAAAACACACACCAUGGAGGGGAACCUGCAUGAUCCAGAUGGCAUGGGCAUUAUUCCACGGAUCGUCCAGGAUAUAUUCAACUACAUUUACUCUAUGGAUGAAAACCUGGAAUUCCAUAUCAAGGUCUCCUAUUUUGAGAUUUACCUGGACAAGAUUAGGGAUUUGCUGGAUGUAUCUAAGACCAACCUGUCUGUACAUGAAGACAAGAACAGAGUUCCGUAUGUAAAGGGUUGUACUGAACGGUUUGUGUGUAGCCCAGAGGAAGUGAUGGACACCAUUGAUGAAGGCAAAUCCAACAGACAUGUGGCUGUCACAAACAUGAACGAGCACAGCUCCAGGAGUCACAGUAUCUUCCUGAUAAACGUCAAGCAAGAGAACACGCAGACGGAGCAGAAACUGAGCGGGAAACUUUACCUUGUGGAUUUAGCAGGAAGCGAGAAGGUCAGUAAAACUGGAGCAGAGGGUGCUGUGUUGGAUGAAGCCAAAAACAUUAACAAAUCUCUUUCCGCUCUGGGCAACGUCAUCUCUGCUCUGGCAGAAGGAACGACGUACAUUCCCUACAGAGACAGUAAGAUGACGAGGAUCUUGCAGGAUUCGCUGGGUGGAAACUGCAGGACCACUAUAGUGAUCUGCUGCUCUCCAUCCUCCUUCAACGAGGCCGAGACCAAAACUACACUCAUGUUUGGACAGAGAGCAAAGACCAUCAAGAACACAGUGUGUGUGAACGUGGAGCUGACAGCUGAGCAGUGGAAGAAGAAAUAUGAGAAGGAGAAAGAGAAGAACAAGACACUAAAGAACACCAUCACCUGGCUGGAGAACGAGCUCAACCGCUGGAGAAACGGUGAGAGUGUUCCCACUGAGGAGCAGUACGAUAAGGAGAAGGCAAAUGCUGAUGUUCUGGCCCUGGAUAAUGUGAUGAAUAAUGAUAAAUUCACCUCGUCUCCCAGCAUGCCCGGCCUUAAAUUCACUGACGCUGAGCGUGACAAGUGUGAGGCUGAAUUGGCCAAACUUUUCAAACAGCUUGAUGACAAGGAUGAUGAGAUAAAUCAGCAGUCUCAGCUGGCUGAGAAACUCAAGCAGCAGAUGUUGGAUCAGGAAGAGCUGCUGGCCUCAACGCGAAGGGACCAUGACAACCUGCAGGCGGAGCUCACCCGUCUUCAGAUGGAGAACGAGGCGUCUAAAGAGGAGGUGAAGGAGGUGCUGCAGGCCCUGGAGGAGCUCGCAGUCAACUAUGAUCAGAAGAGUCAGGAGGUGGAGGACAAGACCAAGGAGUUUGAAUCCCUGAAUGAAGAGCUCAACCAGAAAUCUAGCGUUCUUGCAUCCAUCGACUCUGAGCUGCAGAAACUGAAGGAAAUGACCAACCAUCAGAAGAAGAGAGUCACAGAGAUGAUGUCAUCGCUGCUUAAAGACCUGGCAGAGAUUGGCAUCGCUGUAGGCAGCAAUGACAUUAAGCAUGAGGGUGGAGGUCUCAUUGAUGAAGAGUUCACCGUGGCUCGUCUGUACAUCAGUAAGAUGAAGUCGGAGGUGAAGACUCUGGUGAAGCGCAGCAAACAGCUGGAAAGCGCUCAGGCUGAGAGCAACAAGACGAUGGAUGAGAACGAGAAAGAGCUCGCUGCCUGCCAGCUCCGUAUCUCUCAGUAUGAAGCAAAGAUCAAGUCCCUGACAGAGUACCUGCAAAACGUUGAACACAAGAAGAGACAGCUAGAGGAGAACGUAGACUCUCUCAAUGAGGAACUGGUCAAACUCAGCACACAGGAGAAAGUUCAUACAAUGGAGAAGGAGAAUGAGAUACAAAGUGCUAAUGUCAAGGAUGCAGUUGAGCAGCAGAUUCAGAACCACAGAGAAGCUCAUCAGAAACAGCUGAGCAACCUGAGAGAUGAGCUGGAGACCAAAGAGAAACUCAUCACUGAACUGCAGGAUCAGAACCAGAAGAUCAUGUUGGAGCAAGAGCGCUUGAAGGUGGAGCAUGAGAAACUCAAAACCACUGACCAGGAGAAGAGCCGCAAACUGCACGAGCUCACGGUGAUGCAGGACAGAAGGGAACAGGCCAGACAGGAUCUCAAAGGCCUGGAGGAGACGGUGGCCAAAGAGCUGCAGACUCUUCAUAACCUGAGGAAACUCUUUGUUCAGGAUCUGGCCACACGGGUGAAGAAGAGUGCAGAGAUUGACUCAGAUGACACUGGUGGCAGUGCAGCACAAAAACAGAAGAUCUCAUUCCUUGAGAACAACCUUGAGCAGCUCACUAAAGUGCACAAGCAGCUGGUGCGUGAUAACGCUGACCUGCGCUGUGAGCUGCCCAAGCUGGAAAAGCGCCUGCGGGCGACAGCGGAGCGCGUGAAGGCUCUGGAGUCUGCGCUCAAAGAGGCCAAAGAGAACGCAUCCCGUGACCGCAAACGCUACCAACAGGAGGUGGACCGCAUUAAAGAGGCCGUCAGAGCCAAGAACAUGGCCCGCAGAGGACACUCCGCACAGAUCGCCAAGCCAAUCAGACCCGGUCAGCCCCCUGUCGCCUCACCCACCCACCCCACUGUCAACCGCUCAGGGGCGGGGCUCUUCCAGAACAACCAAUCAGUGGGCAUCCGUGGUGGAGGCGUGGUCAAACAGUAAAAUAACUGUUGAAUGCUGAAUUUAACCCCAGUAGCCCCAGCUGAAGCUGAUAUCAUCCCAAAAAGCUGAACAGGCAUUCCACAGCACGGGAGAGUUCAAUACUAUACAUAUGAAAAUGAAUAUAAGUAUAUAUGUGUAUGAAACAUGAAAUAAUAUCAACGUCUCUGGGCUGUACAGAUGUUCCUCCACUCUUAUCUCUUAUAUCUUCCCUUUAAACAUGUAAAGGAAAAAAAAAUCAGGCUUUUUGCACCAGUGGAAACGUGUGUAACUAGCGUGUGUCUCUUCACUCUUGCACAGUAGGUUUGUGCUCACAUCCCGCUCUCCACGUCCCUCACUGUGCCAAGUUGAAUGUAUUACAAAAUUGCAAAAUUGAAAAAUGGGAAAAGAACAAACAAACAAAAAAAUAAACCUACUAGCUGAAUUAUUUUAGCCUUAUUUAUGUGCGUUCUCAUUUUGGGUUUGUUUAGAGAGUUUGCUUGUUCUCUCUUGCUUUGAGAAAUUUCUAUUGAACAUUUCACCUAAAUACGCGAGUUAAACACUACAGUUGAACUGUAUAUAUGAACCAUUGAACUAGUUUUUGUAAUGAUGGACAAGAUUGAAAUUAUGAUGAAAGGGUCGUCUGAAAGUAGACAAACGAGAUGCAGUUUCAUGAAAUGAGAACUAAAAGGCUGCUUAAUGUAGAAGCACUUGAGCUGCAGGUAUAUUUAAAGCACUGUACGAACACAAAACGAGUAAUCAUUGUUACAGAGUAAAGGGCUGUGUAUGUCACAGCCUGAGCUUUUAGAUGAGUUGUAGCUAGGUUAACAAUAAUACUAAUGUCAUGUGCUCAUUUCAAUAUUUAACUUCAGUUCUCACGGCUUAAACAGGUAGAGUUUGUCGUAUCAAUGCUGCUCCGUAGCUCAAUAAUCAUGUGUGUGGAUUCUUCCUCUUCUUUUUUCCAAAAAUACUCCCAGGCAAGGUUGCGGUUACAUUGUUUUUAGUAGGCAGGGAACCUAGCUUUUAAUUUUAGAGAUUGUUGACCCAACAGUGAACACUUACAUUAUUAUGUAUUCAUCCACAUGUCGUUCCAAACCUGUUAGACUUUUCUUUCAUCCUACAUGAAAGGCUAUCCGAACGUUUACAUUUUUCCUGUUUUAUUUAAAUUUUUUAAUUAAAAGGCAUAGACAUAGACAAUUUCAAGCUCCAGAAUAUCACAAAAUACCAUUGAGAUAUUUUAAUUCCACGUCUUCUGAAGUCGAACUGGACAUUUAAGUCAUUGUUCACUUCAGAUCUGCUUUGUCAUUUGAUUGAGACGUAAUGGCAUUCGGCAUCAUUGAUAUCAAACCUGCCACAACAUUACUUUAUGCAUUAUUUGAGCAAAUGAGAUUUUCAUAGGUUGUCUUAUGUUGUUUUGUUUUUGGAAAUCCUUUUCACUACUUGUUAUUAUUUUACAGAAAAGCUACAUUUAUUAGGGUUUGGGACUGAUCACAUCCCGUCCUUGUCCCCUUUAGAGACAAAUUUUAGUUUUACACUUUGCAUAGUGUCAUUUUGUGGUUUUGUUGGAGCGCGGUUUGUGCAAUGGUCAGACAGCCAUUGAAUUCACAAUAUACCUACACUCCUGGAUUUUUACCUUUUGAUUUGACUUGUGUUUUGGUAUAGUUUAGUCCAUUAUAGGGUCCAUAUUUUGAAGUUUUGCGAUUGAAUCUUCAGUGGUUUGAGCAUUGCAAGAAACCCACACAUCAUUUAGUUCUGGCGAUUGUGGAACGUCUGCUGUGGUUUUGGUUGCCUUGUGAUUUUGUGUUUGCUUAUAUAGACCUGCUGAUUGGCUCUCUACAGUUCCAAUGCUUUUCAUUCAGCACGACGUUACUGCCUUUCAUUGACUAAUGUUAAUGGGUGGGGCCUAUUUAAUGGUGGGUGGGGUUUAUUUAAUCAUUUUAGGUCAUGUUUUCAUUUUGUUGCACUUGCAACUAGGUAAUGUUUUAUUUAUUUCUGUUUUAUUAUAGACUAGGGAUUUUGCUGUUCAUUUUCUUUUGUUGAUCUUUUUUUAAGUAUAUAUAGAUUCCAGUGUACUUGUUUUCUAUUGUCAUCUGUUUUUCCAUGUGUUUGGAUCCAGAUCCUACUAGGUGUCCUGUGUCAAUGACUGUAGUACUGUAGUAGCGGGGGGGUAUAAAAGAUGGUGUUUUAUGACCUUUUGUGUGCAAUAUGAAUCUGGUGUCGUGCAAGUUUCACUGUACUGAAGAAAAGCAACGGCACUCAACAGUUCUCCAGUUUUAUUUCAUUGUUUAAUGCUCAUUUGUCUAACGCUUGUCUUGUUCGCUGAAUUUAAUCUUUUAAAAGCACUUUAAAAUAUUACCAUCUCAUUUGAAAAACGCACUCAUUAGAAAACUUGCAUCUCAAACAUCAAAUUUCUCACUGAAUCUUGUAAUUAUUGUUAUUGAGGAGCUACAGCAGGAGGUCAUGUGAUUUGAAGACUGUAUCAUUGUUUUUUUGUAUUUUAUUUUGCCUUGAAUCUGAAUUUUUAACAGUUGCUGGGAAAACAGUUGAUCUAAUGGAAAGAUGUAAUGGUGAUCAGAUAAUGUGUACAGUUGGCUCUUCAGAGUGUAGAUUGAAUUGCUGUGUAUAUUUCCUUUAGUUGCUUACUGUAGGCAAGUUUUCACCCCUUGACAUGAAACGCAAAUAAAGUAUAGGGUAAAACACA